CCUGGGGGCCGUGCUCCUGCUGUGGGAAGCGCGCCUGUGGUGCGAGGGUCCUGCUGCUCGCCGGCUGCGGCUGUGCCUCCGAACCCCACUGUGCCCGCGGUCUCAGGCCGCGCCAGCCCAGGGUUCCAGAAGGUUCGAGUUCCUGCGAGAAAUGAUGCUUCUCUGUGCCUUGCUCCUAGCCGUUGGCUGGCCAUUGGUCAGCAAUCAAAAUAUAUCAACUUGGACCUACAAUUUGAAAUGCCAUGAUUGUUCGGUCAUCAACACCUUCAGCUGUUCAACUGUACGGGUAUGUGACUAUGAAGUCAGGCGCUGUCUGAUAGUCUCUAUUCGUUUGAAUGUUCGGGAACUAUACGUUUACAAGAACUGUACAUCCGGCUGCACUUUUUUAUAUCCAUCCCAAAUACCUCCUGAAGCCCCGAGAGUCCUUAAAACUAAUAGUUUUUAUUUUGUUCAUUGUUGUCAUAGUAUGACUUGCAAUGAGGGAGGACCUACUAAUUUCGAGAGGGAUAUCCUACCCGAUUAUACAAUUGAGGAGGAGUUAGAAGGAACUGUGCGCCUGGGGGAGUCAACAUUUUUCCUGAGUGUUGCCUCCAUCCUAGUCAGCAAUAUACUGACAUGAGAAGCCCUCUUGGAGGGCCUGAUCUCUCCCCCCAUUCCUCAGAGCAAGUUCACUCUCCUUUCCUCCCUUGUGAGCCAGGGACCCUGACCCACAGGCCUCCCAGUUGGCCGGUUACCCCUUUCCAGCUUAUUUCAAGAGAGAAAUAAAGAACAUCAUUGUUUGGGU